CUCAGCCCAUUUAUUUCCAAAAGGGAGAAAACAAAAACUUUGGCCAUUGAACAAACACAGACUGAGUUGAUUGCUACAUUUUUCUUUUUUUGGGGUCAUAAGGCCAGUUAAUGAUUAGGAUAGCAGAAACAAAUAUCUGUGCCUGUUAGGGGCUGGCUUAUUUGGCUCUUUCACUGAGUAGGAGUUCACUUCAUACCCAUGCCCAAGGAGACCUGCUUCACCAUGGCCAGCAGUCUCAGCAGAUGCUUCUGUUUCCUGGGAAUGAUGCUGUUAUUCUUUUCUAAGGGUUCAGGUCAUGAGCUUCCCCUCGUACACCAGAAAUGUUCUGACUUUCAGAAUGCCAAUUUUCUACGGGGCACCAACCUCAAUGUCCAAUUCCUCCUCUUCACUCCUUUGGAUCCUAGCUGUGGGAAGCUGGUAAGAGAAAGUAGUGAUCUUCAAAAUUUUGGAUUCAACACCUCUCUGGAAACCAAGUUAAUUAUCCAUGGAUUUAGGGCAUUAGGAACCAAGCCAUCUUGGAUCGAUAAAUUCAUCCAGACUCUUCUGCGUGUGGCAGAUGUGAACGUGAUUGCAGUAGACUGGGUUUAUGGAUCCACGGGUGUUUAUUACUCAGCUGUGGACAAUGUGAUAAAACUCGGUCUGGAAAUCUCCCAAUUCAUCAGCAAUCUACUGGUGCUUGGUGUGUCAGAGUCAUCUAUCCACAUCAUUGGGGUCAGCCUUGGAGCACAUGUUGGGGGAAUGGUAGGAUAUUUCUAUAAAGGCCAGCUGGGAAGGAUAACAGGCCUGGAUCCUGCAGGUCCAGAGUACACCAAAGCCAGCCUGGAAGAACGACUGGAUCCUGGGGAUGCUUUAUUUGUGGAGGCCAUUCACACAGACACAGACAAUUUGGGUAUCCGGAUUCCAGUAGGACAUGUGGACUACUUUGUCAAUGGAGGCCAAGACCAGCCGGGAUGUCCCUCAUUUAUUCAUGCAGGUUACAACUAUCUGAUUUGUGACCACAUGAGAGCUGUUCAUCUCUACCUCAGUGCCUUGGAGGAUACCUGUCCACUGAUGGCCUUCCCUUGCGCCAGCUUCAAGGAUUUCCUUUUAGGCCGUUGUCUGGAUUGCGCUGACCCUUUUCAGCAUUCUUGUCCCAGAAUCGGUUUACUGGAACAAGGAGGGAUCAACAUGGAAAAGCCUCCCAAAGAAGUGAAAGUCUACCUCCUGACCACUUCAAAGGCUCCAUAUUGCUUGUAUCACAGUCUCGUGGAGUUUCAUUUACAGAAAGUGAGAAACAAGAACACCAACAUUGAAAUCACUUUGCAUAGCAGUAAUCUUACAACUUCCAUUAAGAUCACCAUAUUGAAAAACCAGUUCAUUGGCAAAGGAUUGAUAGCCCACUCAAUCCCACAUUGCCACAUAAAUCAAGUGAUCCUGAAGGUUCUUUCCUCCAACCAUGUUUGGAAGAAAGACAAGAGCUCCAUCACUGGGAGAUUCUGCGCCAUCCCUUUGCCUGCUAACCAGAGUACGAAGAUGUGGUGCUCUUCUGAACUAAUGACCUUGCAAACAAAUGUAAAUUCUUUUGCAAAGCUGGAAAUACCAUGUGCAUAAUAUAAUCCCUGGAGAUCUUUGGAGGACAGCAAGUGGUUUCAUUCAGGCUGCUCUUAUCAGACUAAGGAUAAUAUCUCUGUCAUUAUCUACUAAGUAGCACAAAACUACUCGUCAUUAUUUUUAUCGAAACAUUUUGUUUAGCUAUAUGGGUCAAUUCAUUCCCAAUAAACAAUAAAGGUCUUCCUGCCCUCCACUUUUCUAUUAAAAAGCUGUGAUUAGGACAGCUAUUGUGGUUGAUAGCACACAUAAUUUUCCACUUUUAUAGUUUCUUCCUUUUUUUUUUCCUUUUUUCCCCUCCUCCUUCUUAAUUGAAAGGAAAUAUGUCAUCUGGGAGCAAUACUGACCAUUGCUAUUGACACAAAUUUCUUUGCCUUUUAGAUUGUCUUUAUUUGCAUUAUUAAAAUCAUUACACAUAGUGUUCUGGUUUUGCUUUCCUCA